AGAGGAGGGUUCACCGCCCUCCAAUGAAAACAAGGCGAGCCGAGGGGACAGCCAAGAUGCGAAGCCAAUGGGAGGAGAUUGCGCGGGGCACGCCGGGAUGAUGGAGAAUUUCUCCGCUCUCUUCGGAGGGACGGAACCGCCUCCGCCUACCACAGCCGCCGCGCUGGGCUUUGGACCAGGGAAACCCGGAGGACCGGGGACUGGGCCACCUCCCGUCCCUGCCGUGACCCCCGUCGGGGAGAAAGCGGCGGCCGCCAGCGGCCCCUUCUACCUAAUGCGCGAGUUACCAGGUACUACAGAACUAACAGGGAGCACAAACCUGAUCACUCACUACAACCUGGAGCAUGCCUACAACAAAUUUUGUGGCAAAAAGGUGAAGGAGAAGCUCAGCAACUUCCUGCCAGACCUACCAGGGAUGAUAGAUUUGCCAGGUUCACAUGACAACAGCAGCCUGCGUUCUCUCAUUGAGAAGCCUCCCAUCUGCAGCAGUUCGUUCAACCCUAUCACCGGUACCAUGCUAACAGGCUUUCGUCUCCAUGCAGGCCCGCUGCCAGAGCAGUGUCGCUUAAUGCACAUCCAGCCACCUAAGAAAAAAAACAAGCACAAACACAAGCAGAGUCGUACGCAGGAUCCUGUCCCUCCAGAAACUCCUUCAGAUUCUGACCACAAGAAGAAAAAGAAGAAGAAAGAGGAUGACCCUGAGCGGAAAAGGAAGAAGAAGGAGAAGAAGAAAAAGAAAAAUCGGCAUAGCCCUGAACACCCUGGUGUGGGCAGCUCUCAGGCCAGCAGCAGCAGCAGCCUCCGGUAAAGUCCUGCCACGAAGUUAUCUUGGAAGGUGCUACAGCUUUGACAAGAAAAGGAGGAACAGCAAUAAUGGGGGAGUCACCACAGACUCAUAUACUUCCCCUGCUUCCCCUUCAUCCCUACUGAGUGGAACUUCUGGGACUCCAUUGAUCUCUCUAUAAGGAACAUAGACUUUGCCUGCGACACAAUGCAGACUGGUGUCUUUAUAUGGGAGCCCUGUCAACUCGGGGAGGGUUUUUUUCUUCUUUUUUUCCUUUUUACAGAAUGGUCCUGACUAAGUUGGGAUGUGUCUGCCUCGUGAUUUAGUUAAACCUUUGUUGGAGCACUUGGGAGGGUCUGGAACCUCCUCUCGUAUCAUGGGCUUGGAAACUGCACUGUGAAUAGAUAGGGAGAAACUCUAGAAGUGCUUUCUUUUGUAAAGUGUGGCCCAAGGCUAGUGGGUGAGUUAGUUGCCUAAGUAGAAAGAGCUAAUGUGAUCGGGCUUUUUCUAAAUAGAAAAAUGGGAGAAACUGCAGAACUGUGAGGUGGGAGUAAAGAGAAGACAAGGUUGGUUUUACCUUCCUGGAGUUGAUCCAUGCUGAUAAGUAGGCCUGCUUUAGUAUCAUCAGCUAGAGAGUUAAGUCGAAAGCAUUGACCAAAUUUCUUUUAACUAUGGAAGCAUGUAAGUCAAGAAGCUAUACUGUGAAUCCAAGGACAGAACUGUGUAUAUGGUGAUAUUUUCCCCUAAGGGCUCACUUACCAGGUAAAGGCUUCUCUACAUGUAAUCCCUUUAAAAAUAAAACUUGAAAACAAAAAAAGCUGACAUCAUUUAAAUCUUUGCCAGCAGAAGGGAGAAAGUGGAAUUUUCAGCAACAGACUUCAGCUGUGAACAGAUGGAAGCCUCUUUCAGGAACCUGGACAAAUAGAAACCAUUGUUUUCUUCUAUCCUAUUCUUCUGAUUUUUUCUGAAUUACUACCUCAGCAGAGCACCCUGGCAGAAAUGGUUCCUUAAACUGUCAGCUGGUCAUCUUGCUGGCUAGUCUGUCCCACGUUUAAAGACAAAGAUGGUGAUGAAUCUGCCCCUAUCUACUGCACCAAAAUUCCUUGGAGUGACAAGAGGAACAUGCUUGGAAAUAGCCUGCCAUCUUAACUGCUUCUUCUUUCCUAUAGGAAGGGGAAUUUCAUCCACAGUAAAAACAUCUCUUUCCUGAGCUUAAGGAUCAGAAUGAGGGUGGAACUGCACUUUGACCAAGAGUGCCUCUUAGGGACAAACUGGACAUGAGAAUGUCAGGACCCUGAUUGGAGUUCCUGUAACUUCUUAAAAUCAGAUUCCCCCAAUAUAAAUUUUCUGCCUCAAGGGGUAAAUGUGGGUCCCACCCCCAGUGAAUAAGCUGCUCCAGGGAGACUGUUUUUAUCAUGGAAACA